AGCAGCAGCAGUGGGAUGUGUACCUGGAGGUGCCUCAUCCUUUGGGCUGUGCUGGUCACAGCCACACUCUCCACUGCCAGGCCGGCGCCCACCUUGCCUGACCAAGCCCUGCCCAAAGCACAAAUCGAAGUGGAGUCCUACUCAGCCCACCCUGGGGACCUCCUCCAGCUGCGCUGCCGGCUGAGGGAUGACGUCCAGAGCAUCAACUGGGUGCGGGACGGCGUCCAGCUGGAGGAGAACAACCGGACACGCAUCACUGGGGAGGAGGUAGAGGUCAGGGACGCGGUGCCCGAGGACUCAGGGCUCUAUGCCUGCAUGACCAACAGCCCCUCGGGGAGCGAGACCACCUACUUCUCCGUCAACGUCUCAGACGCUCUCCCCUCUGCUGAAGAUGAUGAUGAUGAAGAUGAUUCCUCUUCGGAGGAGAAGGAGGCUGAUAACACCAAGCCCAACCAGGCCAUUGCUCCCUACUGGACCUAUCCUGAGAAGAUGGAGAAGAAGCUCCAUGCUGUCCCUGCUGCCAAAACGGUGAAGUUCAAAUGUCCCUCAAGUGGGACUCCCAACCCCACCCUGCGCUGGCUGAAGAACGGCAAAGAGUUCAAACCCGACCACCGCAUCGGGGGGUACAAGGUCCGCUAUGCCACCUGGAGCAUCAUCAUGGACUCGGUGGUGCCAUCUGAUAAGGGCAACUACACCUGCAUCGUGGAGAACAAGUAUGGCAGCAUCAACCACACCUACCAGCUGGAUGUUGUGGAGCGCUCCCCACACCGACCCAUCCUGCAGGCAGGGCUCCCUGCCAACAAGACUGUGGCCCUGGGCAGCAAUGUGGAGUUUGUCUGCAAGGUCUACAGCGACCCCCAGCCCCACAUCCAGUGGCUGAAGCACAUCGAGGUGAAUGGCAGCAAGAUCGGCCCUGACAACCUGCCCUACGUGCAGAUCCUGAAGCACUCGGGGAUUAAUAGCUCAGAUGCGGAGGUGCUGACCCUGUAUAAUGUGACAGAGGCGGAGAGCGGGGAGUAUGUUUGUAAGGUUUCCAAUUAUAUUGGUGAAGCCAACCAGUCUGCGUGGCUCACUGUCACCAGACCCCUGGCACAAGCUAUUGAGGACACCCCUGCCAUGAUGACUUCCCCUCUCUACCUGGAGAUCAUCAUCUACUGCACCGGGGCCUUCCUCAUUUGCUGCAUGGUGGUGACCGUCAUCAUCUACAAGAUGAAGAGCACCACCAAGAAGUCAGACUUCAACAGCCAGCUGGCUGUGCACAAGCUGGCCAAGAGCAUCCCCCUGCGCAGACAGGUAACAGAAAGUAGAGAGGGGGUGUCUGCUGACUCCAGCUCCUCCAUGAACUCUGGCGUGAUGCUGGUGCGGCCCUCGCGCCUCUCCUCCAGCGGCACCCCCAUGCUGGCAGGGGUCUCCGAGUACGAGCUGCCCGAGGACCCCCGCUGGGAGCUGCCCCGCGACAGGCUGAUCCUGGGCAAGCCCCUGGGGGAAGGCUGCUUCGGGCAGGUGGUGCUGGCAGAAGCCAUUGGGCUCGACAAGGACAAACCAAACCGAGUGACCAAGGUGGCAGUGAAGAUGCUCAAGGCUGACGCCACAGAGAAGGACUUGUCCGACCUCAUCUCCGAGAUGGAGAUGAUGAAGAUGAUUGGCAAGCACAAGAACAUCAUCAACCUGCUGGGGGCCUGCACACAGGAUGGACCUCUCUACGUGAUCGUGGAGUAUGCCAGCAAGGGCAACCUGCGGGAGUACCUGCAGGCACGGCGGCCCCCGGGCAUGGAGUACUGCUACAACCCCACCAGAGUCCCUGAGGAGCAGCUCUCCUUUAAGGACCUGGUCUCCUGUGCCUACCAGGUGGCAAGAGGCAUGGAGUACCUGGCCUCCAAGAAGUGCAUCCACAGGGACCUGGCAGCCAGGAACGUCCUGGUGACCGAGGACAACGUGAUGAAGAUCGCUGACUUCGGGCUGGCCAGGGACAUCCACCACAUUGAUUACUACAAGAAGACCACAAACGGUCGCUUGCCAGUGAAGUGGAUGGCCCCAGAGGCUCUCUUUGACCGCAUCUACACCCACCAGAGCGAUGUGUGGUCCUUUGGUGUGCUGCUGUGGGAGAUCUUCACCCUGGGGGGCUCUCCCUACCCUGGGGUGCCUGUCGAGGAGCUCUUCAAGCUGCUGAAGGAGGGUCACAGGAUGGACAAACCCAGCAACUGCACCAAUGAGCUGUACAUGAUGAUGAGGGACUGCUGGCACGCUGUGCCCUCCCAGAGACCAACCUUCAAGCAGCUGGUGGAGGACCUGGACAGGAUCGUGGCCAUGACCUCCAACCAGGAGUACCUGGACCUCUCCAUGCCCCUGGACCAGUACUCCCCUGGCUUCCCGGACACUCGCAGCUCCACCUGCUCCUCGGGGGAGGACUCUGUCUUCUCCCACGACCCCCUGCCCGACGAGCCCUGCCUGCCCAGGCUGCCCUCUCAGCACACCAGCGGCGGACUGAAGCGACACUGA